AUAUUUCUCCACCAUUUCCUUAAAUUGAAGAAACCUCAAGGCGUGAAAUGGCUAAGCACGUAGUCUUGUAUACCAUUCCCUCCUGGGGGCAUGCUAAACCUCUCGUCGCUUUCAUGGUUCUCGUCGCCGAGCUGCGUAUGGACGUAGUGUUUACAUUCAUUGCAAACGUACGGUACCCCAACAUCAUGGGAGAGCUCGCCAAACUUCCGCGCGAGCGGCUCGAGAAUAUUAAAGACAGAAUCCAUGUAAUGAACGUUCCAAAUCCCAGCGCUCAAGGUCCCGGCCCAGCUAGAAAUGAUCCUGGAUUCGCGCAUGCAUUUGGGAUCUUAUGGAGAUCGGAGACUCUUAAAUGUGGAACUACGGGGAAGGAAAUAAGCGGCCUCCCAAGGCUGUCUCUUGCUAUCAUCGACCCGUUCGCUGGGUACGCAAUCAAUGCUAUACGCUCACUUGCAUCACCUCAAGAAACUCCGAUCUUCUCGUGGAUGUCAGGUCCUGUUGGGACAUUCACACUUAUGUUUGGUCCUAAACAACUUGGUGGACUCGGAGAUAUUGGGUCUAAGGCUGAGAAAGAAGUUUCGGAGACUGUUGGGAAUUCGGCGACCGAGAUACUUACGACAACAGGCGAAAUUGUUAAUAUCCCAGGUUAUCCGCCUAUGUUUGAUUAUGAAUUGUUCCCGCAAGACAUCGAUUUUAGCGUUGCUAUGACUGUCGUUCCCAUCAUCCGAAAGAGUAUACAGUCAUCGGAAGGCACAUUAUUCGUUACCGCGUCUUGCGUCGAAGCUGAGGCGAUAGCGGCGUUGAGGGAACACUUCACGAACGAGCUCGGGAAAGAGUUGAUUCCAGUUGGGUUAGCGUCGAGCGUUAUUCCAGAGCCACCGCUUGCCAAAGACGAUGAAGGAGUAGUGCUGUUUUUGGAUCGAAUUCUGAAGGAAUAUGGGGAGAAGUCGUUGAUAUAUGUUGCAUUCGGAACAACCUGGUGGCCAAAAGACCCGACGAAGAUCUACACCUUAAUUGAUGAACUUCUCCAAGCCCGAACGCCUUUCCUGCUACCUCAAUCAUCACCUCUUGCUCAUAUUCCCGACGACAUUAUGUCGAAGGUCGCUGCAAGUGGGCUCGGGAAGAUAGUUAAAUGGGCACCUCAAGAGACGGUUUUGCAGCAUUCCGUAACUGGGUGGUUUAUCACGCAUGGGGGAUGGAAUUCCGUUCAAGAGGGGUUCCGGUUUAAAGUUCCUUUAAUAUUCUGGCCGAUGGCGGGAGAUCAACCGAUAAAUGCUUCCCUUAUCACGCUCAAGUACCGGGCAGCGUUUGAAAUAAUCUCGGUGCAAAGUGGGAAGAAUAUGAAAAGGCCUUAUCGAUGUGAUGUACAGCCUUCUUUUACCGUUGAAGCUGUACGAGAGGAGGUGCGCAGAAUGUUGCUGAGGAUAGGGAACGGGGAAGGCGAUUCAGUUCGUAAGACCGCUUAUAAACUCAGUGAAGAGAUUUCGAAUGUUUGGAGAGAAGGGGGUGAAGCAAUGGUCGAAAUUGAAGGGUUUCUGAGGAAGUACGUUGAUUGAGAAUCGUAGAAGAAGUAGAUGGUACUCAUAACGAUCUCAUACAUAUGGUUAAUAAAUCCACCAACUUCCCUUUAGCCUGGUCGCACGAUCUCGAC